AGUGAUUAUUAUGAGGUUAGACAUGAUUAUAAGUUAUUAAAAAUAUUGUGUGAGAAGGCGAAAUUUGACAUCACAGUGACAAGAAGAUUAGUAUUAUCAAAGUAUGCUAUUCUUUAUAGUCGAGGAAAGAGAAUAACGUUAUACAGCUCUAGCAUAAUUGAUGCAUGUGUUAUCCAUAUAUAAAUAGUACAGAAUAUAUAUACACACAUGAGAUAAGUAUAUAUAUUAUUUCUCCAUUUUGUUUCAACAUACAUGGCAUGUCAUGCAAUGGAUACUACAAAAAUGUAGGGCUCUCUGCAUUGGAAGAUCUUUCUGAAUUGACAUAUUAAAAGAAUGGCAUACAAUUUACAGUUACAGCUAUAAAGUAUCAUGGAAUCCUCAAUGACUACAUCUGUUUGCUCUGCAAAAUCAAUGAUUGUUGGAUCCAACUUACUUGAUCCAAAAUGUACUUACGAUAUUAGCCCAAAACUGCACAAGAAUAGUAGAAUUGAAAAUAAAAAAGGAUUAUCAUAUCAAAUAGCUGUAAAAGAUGCUUUGUUUGGAAAGAAGUGUUUACCUUAUAUGCCAACAGAACCACCAGCAUCCUUAAGUGAAGAGAUUGUGGAAUCUGAUCCACUAUAUGUGUGUAAACACUGUAAAGAUUGUUUUCGCUUUCAAAGUAGCUUUGAAGAUCAUAACAAACGACGUAGUUGGAUCUUAGGGUUUUUGUGUCGCAAUUGUUUUAUAACAAUAUGUACCCACAUAACUAAAACAGGUUCUGCAUGUUCUAUAUGCACAAAAAAAGACAUUGAUAAACGUUUUUAUUUGCGAAGAAGAGGCUUACCUAGAUAUCAAAAGCCAGGCGUUACAAAAGUAUUCUACAACCAAUGCCAAUUUUGGGAACAUGUAAAAAUGCAUGGUUUAAGCGGAGUGGAUAUGGGUGACAUAAUAUUAAUGCCUUUAUCUGCUAACAUGUGUGAGAAUGACUGGUUGCCCCAAGUUGAAAUAAUAUGUGAAGCACUUAUGGAACACUCAUUUUUGUCACGUGUGCAUAUUAUGGAUUGGUUAAAAAAAUAUAACUUGGAAGAUAAAUGGUGGAAGUUAGUUAAUGGUAAAAGUAAUAAUAAUGUGAUAAGUAAAAUUGUUGAGGGUUACCAAGGCCGACAAUUAUUUAAGACCUUUGAAAAGUCAACAGUAAAUGAAUUUACAAAUUUCAAUUCUUCUGACAGUGUAUAUAGUAUUAACAAAAGCUCUCUCAAUAUUGAAUUUUCUGAUGACAGUGUUAAAGACAACGAUGCAAAUAAGAUUGCAGAUAAAAAUGUAUCAGAAAAUGAAGAUAAUCCUUGUAUGCCAACUGAUAUUGCUUUUGUGGAUUGCGGUCCUACUUCACAAUAUUUAGAACCAGAAUCAUCAGUGAGUUAUGUACCCAUAAGGCGGGUAAAAGUUAUUAAAAAAUCAGCACAUAACAAUAAUAAAAGCUUGACUAAUAUGGUAAAAAUAAAUAAUAAAAAAAAAAUUGCAACUUGUAAAGAUCUUCAUCCACUGGAAACAAAUAUGACUAGAGAAAAUACUACUGCUGUAAAAACAGACAAAAGUUCCAACAAAAAAUUUGUCAUUAGACAAUCAUCCAAAGACUGUGUGCAACAAUAUAGAAUAGAGGAGCCAUUUGGAAAAAAAGUUGAAGAAAACAGCAUCAAUCAGUUUAUAGAAACUGAUAUUAAUAAAAUUCUGGAUAAUCCAGUUAAAAUUCCAGUUUCUCGUAAGAAAGUUUUACCUAAAACUAAUUCAAAUCAUUUGGAGCAAGAUCUUCAAACAUCAAUUAAAAAUAAUAAUUCUAAAAUGCAAAAUGGAAGUUCACAAAAUGCAGAUAUUACAUCAAUAAUUAGUCAACUUCCAUCUCAUCUUAUUUCCAAUAAAAAAUUGGUUGUUAUUGAACCGGAUUCAAAUAACGUAAUUGCUUAUGAGAAGAAUGAGGUAACUGAAAAAAGAUUAAACACAUUGGUAUUAGAUAAUAGUAAUGUUACGGAUACUAAUAUAUCAUCACAAAAGAAGAUGUGUAAUUCCAUUAACAUCAACAAACAAGAACAAAUUCUGAUAAAAAAUGGAAAAAAAUACUUUAUUAAACAUCAAAAAUAUGUUACAAAGGAUACAAAAAACUCUUCUAAUUUGCCAGUUGUGAAUAGCACAACGAAAACUAUAAAACAGCUGGCAUCUGAGCACAUGUCAAUGUCAAAAUCUACUAAUCCUAGUAUGGCUGAGAAUAUUGAUAUGGAACAAAUAGCUUCGGUUUCUAAUGAUAUUUCUACAUCUUCUUUUACUAAUCUUUGUUUAACACCUUCACCAUCCCCUUCUGAAUCAUCCAGCAAUUCUGGCUGGAUAUACGAAUCAUAUAUUACAAAAAAUAUGCACAAAAGAUUAAAGAUUGCACUUCCGCAAUUAACCACAGUACAAUCCUCUUCUAAUACAAUCAAAGAAAAGAAAUAUUUAUUUGAAACAAUAUCACUUACCGAGAAAAAUGAAAAUGUUUAUAUGAAUAUAAAAAUAGUAGACCGUAUUUCAAAAGAAGGCUUUCGAGAUACGUUUGAAGUGAUACCAAAAUAUAGAGAGCAAAUGAUUGAUGAAUUUCACCAGUUAAAUAGUUUUGAAUUGAAAGAACGGAUUAAUCAUCUAAAACUUGUUAGUGAAGAAAUGAGAAAAGUUUUGGAUUUUUUAUCGAGCAAUGUCCUUUGGGAAAAAUCCAGAUCCAUCAAUACUCUCCAACAUAUAUUAGAAAAAUGCCUUCACAACAGUAAUCAAGAUGUGACAGAUAUGAAAAACGAUGAUGUGAUAUUAGAUGAAUGGGAAUCAGAAAUAUCGAAAAAGCAAUAUCCAAGUAAAUGUUCAUUAUGUAAUAAGAUUGUGAAACCUAUGUCAUAUAUUCCUGGAUUUUCGAGAUUACCUAAGGACGAUAAUAUAUAUUGUUCUUGUUAUAAACUUGUUUGUCACGAGUGUCUAUCUUACCAAGAUAAUCUUUCACAGUUUAUUGCGCAUCAAAACUAUCACAAGAAUUGCGAGCCUUACGUUUGUCCAAACUGCCAAUCCAAAUUCACUUCUGUCAGAUCUUUAGAAGUUCACACAUGGACUGUUUGUUUUCAUACUUUGAAAAAAUUUAUUCUUUCUUGUAAAAUUUGCGAAAUAGAUGGUUUUAGGGAUAUGGAAUCGAUUACCAGACAUAUUGCUAUCAUGCACAGCACCAAAAAGAUCGCUUGUGAAGUAUGUAGUAAGGUACUUUCUUCAUAUAGUGAAUAUGUAAAACAUUCCACAGAGACACAUGUGUCUGUGCGGAGUCGAAAUCCGAUACGAUUGGUGAAAUGCAGAUUAGGUAAUGUAAUCAUACGUUUUGAGAAUUUAAUGUGGUAUACGGAGAUGCAUCCUGCGAUUCGAAAAUUAAUAUGGUUUAAAUGUCCCUUUUGCUCGUUGAUAACAGUAGAAAAUAAAUAUACGACUGCGAUUUUAAAUGAUCAUUUACGAAAUAAGCAUUUGAAUCGCUUAUCGGAGAUUCUUAGUAAAGAAGCAUUGAUCGAUAUUCUUUGGACACCUUCUUUGAAAACUGAUGUAAAUAAUGAUGUAGAUGUUUCGGAAAAUCUUAUAGAUACGUUUUCGAACGAAGCAGCGAAACAUACUAUAAUACCUAGAAUCGUGAAUGCUCGAACUAUCUCUUCAGAAAUAUUCGAACAUGGUACAGAAGACGAAAUAUCUCUUUGGAAAUAUAAUGAUUCGGACGUGGCAUGGUCUAGAAGAGAAAUAAAGCCAUCAACAAUAGAAAAUGUUAAUGAUGAGCAAAAAAUAAGUUCAUUGCCAAAAAUUCUCAAUGUUAAAUCAAUAAGCAAUUUAAAGUCAUCCAAAUCUAAGAAAACUUCAAUCGAAGCAAAAGAGAAAUCUAAUUCUCAAUCUUCUCAAGCUGAAAUAGUUAUAGAUGAGAAAGAUGAUCCAUUAGCAGUCGAAGAUGCGAAAGAAAUGGAAUUAGAUGAUAGUAAGUCCGACAAUAAGAAAGAAAUAGAAAAGACAAAAGAGCCUGAAAAAACCAACAACGAAUUGAUUGUAUCAACAGACACACAUAAUGUCCGUGUAAUCUCGUCGACUGAAUCAUGCAGAAGAAUUUUAGAUUCUGAGUUUAUGUCUAAAAAAAGCAUAGAUGGUCAUAUAAAGGUAAUUGAUAUUAGAAAAAUAUGUAAACCGAAUAUAGAGUCAUUUGUUACUACUGAACCGAAUAAUACACUAAUAGAAGAUGAAAACAUGACAUGUAUUUUGCAACCUCCUCCACUUGCCAAGAUUCCGCAACAUUUAUUUAAGUCUGUGAAAAUUUACGAACCAGAUAAUGAUUCAAAGAAUGUUGCGAAGACGAAAAAAUUUCUCCCUCGAAAAGCAGAUAACAAAACAAUAGGGCGUAUCGCUAUACACGGAACAAGAGAUGCGCAAGAGAUAAAUGUCGAUUAUCUGUGCCAUUUAUGCGGUGAACAGAUUAAUACUUCUAGAUCCGUGGUGCAGACACACUUUCGUGAAAAGCAUUCGCAUGAAUGCAGAUUGGCGAUAAUCACUCCACAGUUAAUGCGGGUAUCACCUGAUUUUAUUAAUGGCGGUUACAAGCAAUUUAUCAAUAGCAGAAAACGAAAAGCGGAUAGCGCUUUACUCGUGUCCAAAAGGAAACGUCGUUGGACUACGAAGAAACAUACAGAAACGAAGGAUACGAGUGCGCCUAUAGGAUUAUGCGUGGAACAAGAGACAGCAGAGGACGGCGAAGGAAAUUUUAAGUGUAAGAAAUGCGAUCAACGAUGUACCGACAUGUCUAAUCUGAGAGAGCACAUCGCUGCUAAUCAUCGACUAAAAGGUCGUUACCUGAUAUGUCUGGAAUGCGGCGAGAAUUUUGUGGUCGCGCCUAGCUUGCAGAUGCAUCUCAAAGCUUUCCACGGAAUAGAGAAUCCUAUCAAUUAUAUGAAUCAAAACCCUUCUUAUGCUCUUGGUAUCGAUGACGACUCAGAAGCGGAAAGAAAAAUGACAGUGGCUAAUCAGUGCUACGUCUGUAUGGCAGUUUUCGAAGAUAAGGCUGCAGUAGACAAACAUUUGAGAGUGCAUGGUAUGGCUUUUUUAAAUCGUAAGAGAAUAGAAGCGAGAAAUGCCCUUAAAAGCCCUGAAAAGAAGACUAAUAUGGAGGAAGAAAAUGUUGUUAAAGGCAAUCCAAAAGAGACAAUGAAACUGGAUAAGCCAGCAGAAAUAAUUCUAGAAAAAAUUAACAUUGCAAUAGAGUAAGUGAUAAAAAAUAUAAAGAAAAACAAUGCUGUACUAUAACGAAUUCAUUAAUUUUAUUUCUGUGUAUAUUUGAACGCUCAAUUCUUUAUUGUUAUUAUGUAAUAUUAUAUUAGUAAAUUGGAAAUUUUUCACACAUACCCAUCACACACCAUAUGCAUGCACACACACAUACUCACACACACGUAUUGUAAAAUAUUACUUUCUUGUAUAAUAUCCAGGCAAAUUAUUAGAAAAUGAUCAAUUUUGGUAUUGGACUUUUUAAUCGUAGAAAUAAAAAAAUUUUAUUAUAUACUAUAUAUAUCUAUGCACACUAUGUGAAAUAUUUUGUUAAUUUAACCUUUUUCAUAAUGUAUAUGUAAAUGUAUUUAUUUAUAUAUUUAUUAUAUGGAAUUUUAAUUUGAUGGAAUUAUAAUUUCUAUUGUUUGUUAUAAACUUUUAUUUAUUUUCUCUGAACAAAAUGGAUAUUAACUCCAAAAGUGAAGUUAUUAUAAAACAUAUAUAAACAUUAUUUUCAUAAAAAUUCGCGAAAGAUAUAUGGAUUUAUUGCAGAUAUAAGAUAAUGUAUAUAAUUAUCUAUUCUCUAUAGAAAUUAAUGUUUUUUUGUACUAUAAUAGCUUUUAGUCAUAUAAUUUCAUUUACGAUGUAUGAGAAUAAAAAAAUUUUUUAUUAA